ACAACCUCGCCGAACCUCGAACGCGCCAAACGCGUCAGUCGCUUCGCGCCAAAACCGCGUUCCGAUUUCGGAUUAUAUUCCGAUAGUUUUGUUUUAAAAAAUAAUUUAACAGUAUUAUUUUUUAAUUUGUGUCUAAUAGUUUAAAGAUUGAGUAUUUUAACAGCCAAGUGAAGUGUAAUAGUGACUAAAAUGAGACAAAACUUAAGUUUUCGUCAAUAUUUCGAAGUGAUAAAAUGAUUUGUUAUUAAAAUGUGUCGCGCUUUCGCUUAAUAAUUGUGUUUUAAAAAAAUAUAUUUUUGAGAAACUUGCAAAAAUGAAGAUGUUUUGGAACUGUGUCAAGUUUUUUGUUUUUAUUUCGGCAUGGACUUCAGUUGAUGCCGUGCAGCGGUUCAUAGAGAUGCCGACUUACACCGAGGUGAACCCUGGUGAAGAUGCUCUGCUGAAGUGCAGGAUAUCAGACAAGAAGGGGGUUUGUUCGUGGCAGAAGGACAAUAAGCCGGUGGGCAUCUACAGGGGCAAGUACGAGUGGGCCAAUGAGGACAGUCCAGUGGGCCGAGCAGACUGCUCGCUGUGGGUCAGAGCUGCCACGCUGCAGCUGGACGACGGCCAGUGGCAGUGCCAGGUCACCGCCAGCAACUACGAUGUGCAGGAUGCGCUCUCAAGUCCACCAGCUGCGUUGGCGGUGCGAGUGCCUCCUCAGUCGCCGCGUAUCCUCUUCAACGGCACCCACGUGAUGCCAGGACAGAACAUCACGGUGCCAGCCGGGUCACGAGCCACUGUCGUCUGCGAAGCCCGAUAUGGCAACCCGCCCGCUUAUAUCGAGUGGUAUUUGGAAAAAGAACGCCUAACAGCGUGGAGCCAAACCAACGCUUCCGAGGUGGAACGACCACGAGUAUGGGCGGCGAGGUCGGUUUUGGAGCUGGGCGCGACCAGGAGCGCUCAUGGAAGACAACUGGCUUGUCGGGCGCAUCACCCAUCCUACCCAUCGCCUUACUACCGGGAUUCUUACACCAUGCUUGAUGUUACUUUCGUGCCAGUGGUGUCAAUAAUCGGUGCUGAUGCUAGUACCCUGAACAAUUUGGAAGAAGGUUCCAGCGCUCUCAGCCUGGAGUGCCGAGCUGAUGGUAACCCCAGUCCUUACGUCUGGUGGACUAAGGAUGGUCAGGUCAUCGCUACCAACGGACCAAAGCUUAUAUUGGCUCCUGUUGCAAGGAAUCAUUCUGGGAUCUAUGGGUGCCAAGCGAGAAACUCUUUAGGAACUUCGGAUUCUGUGAAAGUGGAGAUCGACAUUAAAUACCCUCCAAGAGUAACCUGGGUGGGACCGGACACGGUAGUGGAAGCGAACCUUUUUUCUCAAGUGACACUGGAAUGCAAGGCGGAAGGAAACCCACCUCCUUCCUACCAGUGGUAUCAUAAUCCCUCCCCUGGAGCGCACAUCAACCUGAUUCCAGAGGACGGGUACCCAGUGUCUUCCACUCCUCAGCUGCAGCUGCACAAUGUCUCGUACGCACAGCAUGGCCGGUAUACUUGUGUCGCUCUCAAUACCAUCGGACUUGAGGAGAGGACCCACCAAUCAGAGCCAAUCACGCUCAACGUACUGGGUCCACCAGUGGGCGCGGAGACAGGCACAGCCCAUGGCUGGAGCGGUGGCGAGAGCAAGGUGACGGCCACGGUUUGCGCCGACCCUCCGCCGCGGAGGGCCGCUUGGCUGUGGGGCAGUCUGCGACUCGAGGUGCCACAGCAGAGUGGCCGUCACCGAGCGCUAGAACCAACAGGAGCCAACGGGUGCUAUCGUUACACUCUGGUGGUGUCGAGCACGACUAUGGCAGAUGCGAGGGUAUAUGUCCUACAUGUGGAGAAUGAGAGGGGGUUCUCUUCUCAUGCUGUGUCCUUAACUGUGCAUGACUCGCAUUUCUCGCUGGCAGAGACGGCCCACGUGGCACCGCUGAUCGCUGCUGCCCUGGUCAUCGCCGCGCUGCUUGUCAUCGUGUUGUGUCUCAUCAUACGCUGUCGACGGAGACGAGAGAGCGUCGAAUACAAGACUGAUGAUUUAGAUAGCGAGAAGACAGUGCUCCCCGCGGACGCAGUGUACUCCCCCCGCGUGGGCGGAGGCCCCCCCGGAGGGGGAAGUGUGGCGGGCGUAGGCCCCCGCUACUCCCCCGGCGCACUGCAGGUCCGCCGCGCUGCUGUGGUGCUCCAACCACCCACCACCGUGUGAACGCUGUGUGUGCACAGGCAGCAUUAACGUCGCUGGAAAGAGAAGCCAAAGAAAACGUGUAUGCGGUACUUGACCCGCAUAUACAAUAUGAGAUAACGAUAAACAAGCACGGCGAACCGCCUAAAUAUUUGUCGCUGUCGAAGCCCCUUACUCACCAAAGAGCACACGCUUUUGACCCCAACGUAACCAACGAGAUUAACAAUAACGAAAAUCGAUUCUCCACGUUCAAAGCUGGACCGCCUAAAGCCCGGCGAUCGAACAGAAGCGAAAGAAAUGAUGCACAACAAAGCUACGUCUGCAAAACUAAUAAUGAUAUAGAAUACUCCAAAGACCCAUACUUCGGAAUGGUAAGAGCUGAUCCGGAAACUGAUGUCAAAAAUGAUUUAAGAAGUUCAAAGAAUUACACUAGAAUGUACGAGAGAAAUGGUUCAGGUCGCAAAGAUAACGCUAAAAUGGAUAAUUUUGAUAAGAAUAAUAUUAGACAAGAUGCUAAAAGGAGUUCAAAUCGUAGUCGAAGGCAAGAAGUGUACAAAAAGCCAGUAAGAGAUAUAGAGCAAGAACGGUCUUUUGAAGAAUUUGAUGCAGACAUUAUGAAACAAGACGGGGAAGAAGAUUACAGGCCACGACCAGGAAAAGUUAGGGAGAUAGCUUCGAGGUUCAAUAGGAAUAGUUUUGACGCCCAACCAGGGAAGAAGAACCGACCGAAACCUCUGCAAAGCUACGGCCACCAACCUUAUUUGGACCAUAUUUUCCCAGAUGCGGUGGAAGUUUGAUUUGUGUGAGUGGGACUGUUAUAAUGAAUGUCAUAAUAGAUCUCUGAUUAGUUUAAUAAUCACGUAGAAUUAAAUAGAUGUAUCUUUCUCUUAUAAUACUUAUUUAUUGAUAGUUCUUUCUUGGUGAAAAUUUUAAUGAGUAACUAGCAUAAUCAUGACAAUUGUAGUAACCGCUUUGGCACCAGGCAGGCUUUCAUUAUUAAUAUUAAAUACUAUACAAUUUACUGUAAAAUUUUAUAUGAUUUUUGUAUUUGUACUUAAAAUGAAUCUUGCAUUUAUUGUACCUAAUUUAUAAAUAAUUUCCAUUUUCAAUAUUUGUAUUUACGUUACUGUUUAUA